AGUUGAGCAGCACAGGAGUGUAUAGAGUAAAGUAAAAAUUAAAACAUGAACUUCAAUUUCGUACAGCACAAACAAAACGAAACACUGAAAACGUUCAAGUCUCUAGCUUUCUUCUAAUUUUUCCUUCGAUUUUCUGUAUUCGAAGCUGUUAAGGGAAAACAGAAAACCCUAUUUGUUUUUUUGCCUUUUUUUUUUUGGGAUUUUAGGUUAAUUUUUAGGUAUAAAAUUACAGUCAAAGUCCAGUGGAAAGCGAGAGACUGAGCUGGGACUUGUAUUAUUUCAAAGUUUACUUCAAAAGAAAUGGAAGACAACUCAUCAUCAACUAUUUUAGAUGGGCAGAUAGUUGGAAUCAGAUUUGGCUUGGCUACUCAGAAGGAAAUUUGUACAGCAUCAAUCAGUGAUUCUUCUAUUGGCCAUCCUAGUCAGCUACUGGGAAAUCCUUUCCUUGGCCUACCACUUGAAUUUGGUAGAUGUGAAUCCUGUGGUACUUCUGAGCCUGGUAAAUGUGAAGGUCAUUUCGGAUACAUUGAAUUACCAAUACCAAUAUAUCAUCCUAGUCAUAUCAGUGAACUUAAAAAGUUGUUGAGCUUACUCUGUUUGAAGUGCUUAAAAUUGAAGAGGAACAAGUUUCCAGUCAAGGACAGCGGUGUUGCACAGAAAUUGUUACCUUCAUGUUGUGAGGACACCAUUCUGAUUUCAAUUGAAGAGGUUAAAACAACAAAUGGUGCUUCUUGUUUGCAAUUGAAGCUUCCAGCUAAGUUUAGACUAAGUCAUGGCUUUUGGAACUUCUUAGAAAGAUAUGGUUUUCGCUAUGGUGACAGAUUAACUCGAACUUUACUUCCUUGUGAGGUGAAGGAAAUGCUCAAAAGAAUUCCUGCAGAGAGUAGAAAGAAACUUUCUGGGAAAGGUUAUUUCCCUCAAGAUGGAUACAUUCUGGAGCAUUUACCUGUUCCUCCUAACUGUUUGUCUGUGCCAGAUAUAUCUGAUGGUGUUAGUGUCAUGUCUUCGGAUCUUUCCAUGACAAUGCUUAAGAAAGUUUUGAAGCAAGUGGAGAUCAUUAAAAGUUCCAGGUCAGGUGCUCCAAAUUUUGAAUCGCAUGAAGUUGAAGCUGCUGAUUUGCAAUCAGCAGUUGCUCAAUAUUUGGAAAUAAGGGGUACUGCAAAAGCAUCUCGCGAUAUAGAUGCACGAUAUGGGAUUAGCCACGAUUCUAUAUCUUCAACAAAGGCCUGGUUAGAAAAAAUGAGAACUUUGUUUAUAAGGAAGGGCUCAGGGUUCUCGUCUCGCAGUGUAAUCACCGGAGACACUUAUAAGAGGGUGAAUGAAAUUGGUGUCCCUUUUGAGAUUGCCCAAAGAAUUACUUUUGAAGAGAGGGUGAAUUCGCACAACAUUAAGUAUCUACAAGAGCUGGUAGAUAACAAGUUGUGUCUUACCUAUGGAGAUGGGUCAUCAAGAUAUUCCCUAAGAGAAGGUUCUAAGGGGCAUACCUUCCUUAGAAUUGGCCAAGUGGUGCACCGACGAAUUAUGGAUGGUGAUAUAGUAUUUAUAAAUAGGCCUCCCACUACACACAAACAUUCACUACAAGCACUUUCGGUGUAUAUACAUGAUGACCAUACAGUGAAGAUAAAUCCUCUUAUCUGCGGUCCUUUGAGUGCAGAUUUUGAUGGUGAUUGUAUCCAUCUAUUCUAUCCUCAGUCCCUUGCUGCAAAGGCUGAAGUUGUUGAGCUUUUCUCAGUGGAGAAACAGUUGCUUAGCUCCCAUAGCGGUUAUCUCAAUUUGCAACUGGCUACUGAUUCAUUGUUGUCGUUAAAAGUAUUGUUUAAGAAGUUUGUCUUGAAGAAAGAAGUUGCACAACAAUUGGCAAUGUUUGUCUUGUCCCCAUUACCACCACCUGCAUUGAUGAAGUGUAAAAGUCUUGGCUCUGUUUGGACUGCAUCACAGAUGCUACAAGCUAUUUUGCCUGAUUGCUUUGACUGCUCCGAUGACAGAUACCUGAUUCGUAGAAGUGAAGUGUUGGAGCUUGAUUUUAAUAGGGACAUCAUACAGUCCCUGAUAAACGAGAUUGUAACAACCAUUUUCUUUGAGAAGGGUCCUGUAGAGGUUUUAAAGUUCUUUGACUCUCUACAGCCCUUUCUUAUGGAAAAUCUUUUCAUGGAAGGCUUCAGUGUUGGCUUGGAAGACUUUUCCAUGUCCGAGGCUGCUCUGCACAAUGUUGAAAAGGGCAUUCAAAAGAUUUAUCCUUUGCUUCAUCGCUUGAGAUCCACACACAAUGAGCUGGCAGAGUUGCAACUUGAAAAGGACAUUCGGAAUGUUAAAUCAUCGGUUGCAAAGUUUAUCUUAAAUUCAUCUGCAGUGGGGGAUUUGAUAGACUCUAAAAGUGAUUCAGCUGUUAGCAAGGUAGUGCAGCAAAUUGGCUUCUUGGGCUUGCAGCUUUUGGAUAAGGGGAAAUUCUAUUCAAAGACUUUGUUUGAGGACGUUGCCUCUCAUUUUGAGAGCAAAUAUCCUUUGGAUAUUAUUUAUCCAUCUGCUAAGUAUGGAUUAGUCAAGGGUUGUUUUUUUCAUGGUUUAGAUCCAUAUGAGGAGAUGGUGCAUUCCAUUUGCACUCGUGAAAUUAUUGUCAGAUCAUCCAGGGGAUUGUCUGAACCUGGAACCUUGUUCAAGAACUUGAUGGCUGUACUUCGUGAUGUUGUUAUAUGUUACGAUGGGACUGUUAGACACUUUUGUAGCAAUUCUAUUAUCCAAUUUGAGUAUGGGGUGAAGUCAGGAAGUAAAUCUCAAAGUUCGGUCCCUGCUGGUGAACCCGUUGGUGUGCUUGCUGCGACUGCAAUGUCAAAUCCUGCAUAUAAGGCAGUUCUCGAUUCUUCACCGAGUAGCAAUUCCUCAUGGGAUAUGAUGAAGGAAAUACUUCUUUGUACAGUUGGUUUCAAGAAUGAUGUAAUUGAUCGACGUGUUAUUCUGUACUUGAAUGUCUGUGAUUGUGGGAGGAAGCACUGCCAAGAACAUGCUGCUUAUACAGUCUUAAAUCACUUAAAAAGGGUCAGCCUUAAAGACACUGCAGUUGAAUUCUUGAUUGAGUACAAGAAAGACCGACCAUUAUUAGAAAAUUUUGAAACUGAUUCAGGCCUUGUUGCACAUGUUCAUCUCAAUCAGGCUCGGCUAAAAGAGUUGGAAAUUGGCACACAAGAGAUUCUUCAGAAGUGUCAAGAUACAAUCAAAGCAUGCUGCAAGAAGAAAAAGCUGAAAAAAUAUGUUCAUUAUUUUAAGAAUAGCUUUUUGUCUGUCAGUGAAUCCUGCUCCUUCCAGCGUACUUGUGAUGAAGAAUGUUCUGACAUGCCAUGCUUGAUGUUCUUUUUUCAAGAUGCAAGUGAGAAUCAGUUGGAUAAAGUUUCAUAUAUCUUUGCCAACAUUAUUUACCCAGUUCUCUUGGACACAAUUAUCAAAGGUGACCCUCGGAUUAGCUCAGCAAAUAUUAUCUGGAUCAGUCCAGACACGACAACAUGGAUUAGGAACCCUAACAAGACUCAGCAGGGUGAAUUGGCCAUUGAUGUUGUUCUUGAGAAAUCAGUUGUCAAGCAAAGUGGUGAUGCAUGGAGGAUCAUCUUGGACUCCUGUCUUCCUGUGCUUGAUUUAAUUGACACCAGACGUUCUGUACCAUAUGCGAUCAAGCAAAUUCAGGAACUGCUUGGGAUUGCUUGUGCAUUUGAACAAGCAAUUCAGCGGCUCUCAACUUCAGUGACAAUGGUGGCUAAAGGUGUACGAAAAGAACAUCUCAUUCUCUUGGCUAACAGUAUGACAUUUACUGGAAAUUUGCUUGGCUUCAAUUCUGGUGGUUACAAAGCUUUAUCCCGUUCAUUGAAUGUUCAAGUACCAUUUACAGAAGCAACGUUGUUUACUCCUAGGAAAUGUUUUGAGAAAGCUGCUGAAAAAUGUCAUACUGAUAAUUUAUCAAGCGUCGUUGCAUCUGUUUCCUGGGGCAAGAAUGUAGCUGUUGGAACAGGCUCGAAAUUUGAUAUUCUCUUGGACCCAAAAAUGGUGGGAUUCAAUCAAGAGAAUGAGAUGGAUGUUUAUAAUUUCCUAAACAUGGUGAGAGGUAGUGCUGGUGUAGAGGAAGUAAACAAUGGUUGUCUAGGUGUGGAAGUUGAUGAUCUUGUGACUGAUGAUGAAAUGGAGUGGAAUUUGUCCCCAGAGAAGGAUUCUACUUUUGAGAAGCCGUUCUUUGACGAUACCAUUGAAAACCAAAAUUUUAUGGACAAUGAGUCUGAAGGACUAAAUUGGGAAAAAGGGUCCAGUGGCACUGGCGACUGGGACACUCGUAAAUUUGCAAAAUCAGAUUCUUGUUCUAGUUGGAGCAAGGAUGAAACCUGGGAUAAAUUUGAAAAUGUUGGAUCUUCUGUGGCAAAUUUGUCAUCAGUUUGGGGUACAGAUGUUAAAGCUGGAAAUGAUAAUUCUUGGGGUGCUAAAGGUAGCAAUGACAAUGUCAAUGACACUUCUUGGGGGCAAGGUGCCAAAGGUCGCAGUGGCAGUUCCUGUGAGCCAUCAUCUGCCAAAGUUGGCAAUGACAAUUGGUGGGGGCAGGGUGCGAAAGGUGGUAAUGGCAGUGACAGUUCAUGGGGGCAGAGUGCCAAAUGUGGCAAUGACAAUUCGUGGGGGCAGGGUGCCAAAGGUGGCAUAGACAGUUCGUGGGUGCAGGCUGCCAAAGGUGGCAAUGAUAAUUCGUGGGGUCAGGGUGCCAAAGGAGGCAGUGACAGUUCGUGGGGGCAGGAUGCCAAAGUUGGCAGUGACAGUUCGUGGGGGCAGGGUGCCAAAGGUGGCAAUGACAGUUCUUGGGGGCAGGGUGCCAAAGGCGGUAAUGACAAGUCAUGGGGGCAAGGUGCCAAAGGUGGCAAUGUCAGCUCUUGGGGGCAAAAUACUGAAGGGGACAAUGACAGUUCGUGGAGGCAGGGUACCAGAGGCGGCGAUGACUAUUCGAGGGGGCAGGGUGCCAAAGGUGGCAAUGACAGUUCAUGGGGGCAGGGUGCCAAAGGUGGCAACAAUAGUUCAUGGAGGCAGGAUGCCAAAGGUGGCAAUGACAAUUCAUGGGGGCAGGGUGCCAAAGGUGGCAACGAUAGUUCACGGAGGCAGGAUGCCAAAGGCGGCAAUGACAGUCUGUGGGGGCAGGGCACCGAAAGUGGUAAUGAUAAGUUGUGGGGGCAAGGUGCCAAAGGUGGCAAUGUUAGCUCUUGGGGGCAAAAUACUGAAGGUGACAAUGACAGUUUGCGGGGGCAGGGUUCCCAAGGUGGUGAUGACAGUUCGUGGGGGCAGGGUGCCAAAGGUGGCAAUGAUAGUUCGUGGGGGCAGGGUGCCAAAGGCAGCAAUGACAGUUCAAGGGGGAAGGGUGCCAAAGGUGGUAAUGACAGUUCAUGGGGGCAGGUUGCCGAAGGUGGCAAUGACAAGUUGUGGGGGCAAGGUGCCAAAGGUGGCAGUGUCAGCUCUUGGGGGCAAAAUGCUGAAGAUAACAAUGACAGUUUGUGGAGGCAAGGUGCCAAAGGCGGCGAUGACAGUUUGAGGGGGCAGGGUGCCAAAGGCGGCAAUGACAGUUCGUGGGGGCAAGGUGCCAAAGGCGGUAAUGACAGUUCUUGGGGGCAGAGUGCCAAAGGUGGCAAUGAUAAUUUGUGGGGGCAAGGUGCCAAAGGUGGCGACGACAGUUUUCGGGGGCAGGGUACCAGAGGUGGCAAUGAUAGUUCAUGGGGGCAGGGUCCCAAAUGUGGCAAUGAAAAGUCGUGGGGGAAAGGUGCCAAAGGUGGCAAUGUCAGCUCUUGGGGGCAAAAUGCUGAAGGUGACAAUGACAGUUUGUAUAGGCAAGGUGCCAAAAGUGGCGAUGACAGUUUGAGAGGGCAGGAUGCCAAAGGUGGCAAUGAUAGUUCAUGGGGACAGGGUGCCAAAGGAGGGGUAAAUGUUAGCUCUUGGGGGCAAGAUACUGAAAACUACAGUGACAGUUCGUGGGGGCAAGGUUCUAAAGGUGGCAAUGACAGUUCCUGCGAGCCAGAUGCCAGAGGUAACAAUGACAGUUCAUGGGGUCAGCAGAAGUCAUCUGAGGUUUCAGAAGGCUUGGCCAAUGACUCAAGCCAGCCAGUAAGUUCUUCUAGUUGGGAUAUGCCAACAAGAGGUGACAAGGAAAGUGAAAAGAAUCAGCGGGGGCAAGCUAGGGGCAUCUGGAAAGGUAGGAAGAAUAAUCGCCCUCCUAGGUCUCCUGCGCCUAGUGAUUCUACUGCUGCUGGGCAAUAUACUGUAACCAGACAACGGUUGGACAUGUUCACAUCUGAGGAGCAAGCUAUUCUCUUUGAUGUUGAGCCAAUUAUGCAGUCAAUUAGAAGAAUAAUGCAUCAAUCUGGUUACAAUGAUGGGGAUCAGUUGACAGCUGAUGAUAAAAUGUUUAUUGUCGAUAAUGUCUUUAGUUACCAUCCAGAUAAAGCUGUCAAAAUGGGUGCUGGCAUUGAUCAUAUCAUGGUUAACAAGCACAGCAGUUUCCAGGAUAGUAGAUGCUUCUUUGUUGUGUCUACUGAUGGCAGCAGCAAUGAUUUCUCGUAUCGCAAGUGCCUAGAAAACUUCAUCAGAGGAAAGUAUCCUGAUCUGGCAGAUGAUUUCCUUGGUAAAUAUUUCAGGAAACCUCGUGGUGGAGGUAACCGGGAGCGCAGUCUUCCCCCACUUCCAGAGGAGAACAAGGAGUGAUAUUUUCAGCAUACCCUGUUUCCAUUUUAGUGUUUAGAUUGUUUCAACUCUGAUACAAACUUCAUCAUCAUCUGCAAUUUUUACUGUAUAUAGAAAGCAGAUGUUUCUGCAGUUGCUUCCAAUUAAGUAGAGAUGUAUGAACUGUCUCCUUUUUCAGUAGGAGCAUAGUUCAUAUUUUGCA